AUGCUUCAUUCCUUUGACUCUAGGCAUGGUACUCAGUAUACACUUGUAUUUUUUGGCUCAUUUUAUCUUGAAGAUUGUGACUAUUUUUUAGUGUUAGCCUUUUUGUUUAUUUUCAGGUGCAAAGUCUGUGACUAAAGCAAUAAAGAAAGUUGCCUCGGGACCACAGAGGGAUGAGGGCUCAAAGUGGUUUUUUGAAUUGUCCGACAAAGGUAAGAUAUCUUUCUUAUGAGAGUCAUCAAAAGCUAUCUUCACUCUACAAUUAUCUGCUGAUGUCAAAUUCCUUCUUUAGAUAAGAUGAAUACAAUGGUAUAUACUAAUUGUGAAUACUUUUCAGUGAAAAGUACAAGGACUCAAGUGUACUUUUGCAUGAUUGUACAGGGUACACUGUUGGAUGUAGUUAACCAUUAUCAAGUAAUUUUAAUGACUGUUUAUUGAGAACAGCAUUUUGUUUUCAUUUUUAAUUUACCCUUUGUUGUGUAAUUCUUGUAGGAUAUGACAUAACUCAUUACCUCAAAGAUUGCACACAUUUCUUUAAUAAUGGUGAACAAGAGACAUUUAUAACUGUUUAAAUAAAUUUAAAUUUCUAUUUAUUGCUACUGAUUUAUUAAUAUAUUUUUCUAUAACUUUGUGCAUUUAUUACUCAGGGAAAUCAUGUCAGAUGCCGUGCAGAGUCACGGUGA